AUGGCCUCUCUACUGCUCGGAAUACCCAAUACCCUACCUGCAGACCCUAACGAUCCGAAGGGGAAGAAGAAAAAGAUACCGAAAGUAGCUGGGUAUGUUGCUGGAGCAGCUUUCGCCAUAACAACCGGUCUGACCCUCCUCGUCAUACCGUAUGUCCGACAAGCAGCCAAACAAGUCAACGCUACUCAAUUCCUGUCCCACCAAAGUCAAGCUAUACUCAACUCACGUACGAGGAUACCUAGGAUAGCUCUCCCAGCAGCUACCAAUGCAGUUGAGAGCAAUUCACCCAGCUCCAGCUCGUCUAGCUCAACCCAUCUGACAGCUUCCUCAUCAUCCUCAACAAUACCAACUAUACCUUUGGACCCUUCCCUGAUAGCAGCUAGGUCAUUCAACGCUCGAGAGGAAAUAUCUCUAUAUGGGUCUAGCUUAACACCGAUGGAGGGUGAAGAAGGGUUCUCCAAUGAGCCUGUAUCGGGUUUGUUGGGAUUUCAAGCUUUGGGGAUAGCCACGGCUUUGGUAUUUGGAAGUGCAGGGUUGGGUGCUCUCAUAGUAGCCAAACUGAUGGGUGUGAAAGAUAUGACCGAGUUCAGUACGAAGAUGAGAGAGACGUUGAACCUCUCCAUGCCUACUCUGGUGGAGAGUGUGAAUCAACCUGGAAGGAGUAUAGAUGGGUUUGAUGGAGAGGCUAUAGAUCAGUGGGUAGCAACGUUGGAGAAGCAAGAUGAAGAAGAGGAGCAGAGGCAGAAUCAACAGUAA